AUGGAAUACCUUUCACAAAAACUGUGCAUAGAUGAUCAAAAAUAAUUGGACAAGGCAAUUUAACUGAUAAGCAAGAUAAGAUUUCAAAUAAAUUAAAAAUUGAAUGAUUUAGAAAAAUUGAUUUACGAUAAGAUCCAAGUCUUACAGGAGAAUGAAAUAUUCAAACAACUAAAUCAAAUGGAAACUUUAUUCAUUGAAUCAAAUGAUAGAAAUUUUGAUUAAAAAUCAACUGAGUUAUUCUAAAUGAUCUCUAGUUUUUCAAAUUGUAAAGAAAAUUAAAUUUCCCAUAAUAAUGUUGAAUAGCUAAAUCUCUUAUAUUUUUAAUAAGCAAUCAGAAAAUUAACGGAAUUGUAACUAUCAAACUAAUAUAUGAUGAAUAAUAUCACCAACUUAGUUGAUUAAAAUAAAAAAGACAAUAAAAAAGUUGUGAAUUCAGGUGCAUAGAAUUCAAGCAACGAGAUUUGGAAACACAAAACUUUUGCUAAAUCAAAUGAUAGAAAAGUAGCAUUUAAUUUUACCAAAAAUUGUGGUGUUGCUGAGAAUGUUUUACCCCUUUAAAAUGUGGUUUUAUCGGGAUUCCUAUUAACUUAAUUAUUUUCAGGAUUAAAUCAAUUUGAUUAAAAUAUAAAUGAUCAAAAUAGAGAAGUAGUUGUAUUAUUUAGAGUACACGAAGGAUUGGAUUUAAAUAUCUCUGUUUAUGAUGAAAUUAUUAAUAUUAAACACUCCAAAUUGAAAAUUAUUAAUGAUUGCUAUUUCAUAGAAUUAGAAUAAGAUGUGUUUUUAAAAAAAGGAAUGACCUAUUCAUUAUCCCUAGUCUCCUAAACAAAUGAAGCCUUUAAUUUAUAUAUGUUUGGUGGAAAGAGCGUCAGCUUUGGAGAAAUUAAGUUCCUCAAUAAAGAAACAGAAAACAUAAACCAAUCUGUUUAAGUCAAAUAGAGUCUUACCCAAUCUUGCAUUCCAGGAAUUGUAAUACAUAAUAGUUGA